CAAUCAGUGCCGGCGCUGCAAGGAAGUUUCCAGAGCUUUCGAGGAAGGUUUCUUUAACUCGAAUUCAUCCGCCCUAUAAUUUUCUUAUAUUUUCCUAAAGAAGGAAGAGAAGCGCAUAGAGAAGAAGGGACAUAAUUUGUUGGGAUCCUUCCUUACGGCUAUGAGGAAUUUGUGGCUCAGUUGAAAAGCCUAAACUACGUCUCGGGAGUUUGGGCGCGGAGAACUACUUUCAGUGGCGCACGGAGACGGCGUCUACGUAAGAAGUGAUAAGUAACGCAACACACGUUGUAUAAAUUUGCGCUCCGCCAAACGGGAGCAUUCAGGGGCGGCCGGCUUUGUUGGGUGUGCUUGGUUUGGUGUCCCUGCGGCUGACCGUGAUUGGUGAUUCGCAGCAUCUUCGUAACCGCUAACAGGUCAAAAUGCAGAUCUUCGUGAAGACCCUGACCGGCAAGACCAUCACCCUUGAGGUGGAGCCCAGUGACACCAUCGAAAAUGUGAAGGCCAAAAUCCAGGAUAAGGAAGGCAUUCCCCCCGACCAGCAGAGGCUCAUCUUUGCAGGCAAGCAGCUGGAAGAUGGCCGCACUCUUUCUGACUACAACAUCCAGAAAGAGUCGACCCUGCACCUUGUCCUGCGCCUGAGAGGUGGUAUGCAGAUCUUCGUGAAGACCCUGACCGGCAAGACCAUCACCCUGGAAGUGGAGCCCAGUGACACCAUCGAAAAUGUGAAGGCCAAGAUCCAGGAUAAAGAAGGCAUCCCUCCCGACCAGCAGAGGCUCAUCUUUGCAGGCAAGCAGCUGGAAGAUGGCCGCACUCUUUCUGACUACAACAUCCAGAAGGAGUCGACCCUGCACCUGGUCCUGCGCCUGAGAGGUGGUAUGCAGAUCUUCGUGAAAACCCUGACCGGCAAGACCAUCACCCUGGAGGUGGAGCCCAGUGACACCAUCGAAAAUGUGAAGGCCAAGAUCCAAGAUAAAGAAGGCAUCCCCCCCGACCAGCAGAGGCUCAUCUUUGCAGGCAAGCAGCUGGAAGAUGGCCGCACUCUUUCUGACUACAACAUCCAGAAGGAGUCAACCCUGCACCUGGUCCUGCGCCUGAGGGGUGGCUGUUAAUUCUUAAGUCUUGCGUUUGCAGUGCCCAGUGAUGGCAUUACUCUGCACUAUAGCCAUUUGCCCCAACUUAAGUUUAGAAAUUACAAGUUUCAGUAAUAGCUGAACCUGUUCAAAAUGUUAAUAAAGGUUUCGUUGCAUGGUAGCAUA